AUGCUUGUUUUAAAUCGUGAUGAUUUUGAAAGAGAGAUAAGUACGUUUCCUCAUGUCUUUCUUGAAUUAACUGAUACUGAAGUAAAUGAUUGUUACAAACCAUCGGAUUUAACGAUUGGAAAAACAAUUAAUAUUUAUGGUCGAAAUUUUCUUAUUAAUGAUUGUGAUUUGUUUACAAAAACAUUUUAUACAAAAAAUGUUGGUGUUAGUAAUUUUGAAACAAUCAAUACUGAAGAGCCACGUAACGAGUUUUCGAAAAUGGAUAGCCCUCGUGGAGACGAUAAAUUACGUAAAUUCAUCACCAGUUAUCGUCUUAGUUAUGAUACAAUCAGUAUUCAUGAACUACCUCAACGCCAUACAGGUAUUAUUCGUGGACGAUUUCUCCAACAAACAUGUGUAUCAAAAUCAAAUUCUUCAUUUGAACAUCCUCAAUUUUAUAGUCCAGGUGAUUUUUAUAUUGGUGCAACUAUUGAAGUAUUUCAUCAACGUUUUAUUAUUCGUUUAGCUGAUUUAUUUGUAUUAAAAUAUGCUGAACAAUUUUCACCGACUGUUAUUGAAUCAUUACGAUAA